AUGAUUGCCGGGUCCCAGUCAUCUUCGAGCUCAAUCUCGAGAUCCAACCCCUCCGACAGCUCAAAUGCGGUUUCGACAGCGCCCACCUCGGCUGGUUCUCAUAUGUCUGCACAAGGUGAAAAGCGGAAGAGAAAUGACCAGCUCGAGAGGCAUGUAAAAAUGCGCAAGGGUUUCAAAGAAGAACUCAAGGGACAAAUCGCAGAAGGUACUGGUAUUGGAGACGAGAUGGAAGAACAGAUCAGAGAGGAUAUCGACUCGUCUGAGAAGGGCCUAUCUGAGGAGAAUUCGCCUUGGGUCCCGACCGCCAGGAAGAAGCUCAAAGUAAAAGACCUCGAUUUGGACAAAUCGUAUGCCGAAGAACUUGGAGCCACCGAGACGGAACCGAACUAUGGAGAGAUAGCCCCACGGCAGCCUAGAUGGAAGCAUAAGGGGAAGGCGCCGCUGCUUGACGCUUCCAAGCUCCCUAUAGGGUGGAAUGCAAGAGAACCAGAUUUGCAUCAAGAGGAUAUCAAAGGCCAGAUUCAACGCUGCGAGGAGAGAAUCAAGGACAACAUCAUGCCGUUCUUCAAACAUCGAUUAGAAGAGUAUGAGGCAAAAGAAUCAAGACUCAUAGCUUUGCGAAAUUCAGAGAGGGAUGAUCUGAGCUUGCCUGUUCUUCGCCGGAUACAAGAUCUUCGGAGAUUGGGAGAGGCGCUCGAAGAAGGCGGAGACACCGACAAGCUUCCCAAUGUCCGAGCAAUCCUGACCGCGUACAGAACGAAGAACCUGGCCUGGACUGAUCUUGUCACGUACUGGUCAAAAGGGCAGCAGCUCUCUCAACCGAGGCCGUUUGAUUGGGAUGAAUUUGAAGCAAUAAAUGCAAAGCACCAAGGUCAUAAAAGCUUUUGGGUCGAGGGGAUCCAAAGGAGCCCGCCAUCUCAACAACCAAGGCUACUGGUAAAGCCUUCGGAGAUGUAUAAUGUCCAUACGUACAACAUUGCACUUCGUGCCCCUGGCGCAGAAUGGUGGUGUGAGCUUGAAUUCUUGUAUGACACUGGAGCAGACUACAUGGAAAUAUGGGAACAGGAUCUUCCUGCGAUCCUGGGACCGAACCGUGAGAAUCUUCCAAUUGUCGGUAAUACCAUGGUCUUUUCGGCGAGAUCAUCGUAUGUGUCGAGGAUCAUCGAGCUUGAGUCUACCCUACUUGACUCCAAAGGCCGUCGAAUGUGUGAAUGGCACCGUAUCACUUGUCUCAUUGGAUCGAGGCCUGAGCAUCACCCGGGCAUAGUAGAACGAACCGAUGGAUCUACCUUGCGACGUCUAUUCUACUUUGCAACGGUGCCAAAUGACGCUUUCGAUAUGGUGAUAGCUGACUCCCGUUUGAACAUUCGAUUACCCGGGGCCCCAAAUGACAGACAGCGUCUCACGCAGGUUGUGCCCCAGGGUACUAAGAAUACGGCGCAGUUCGUGACGCCGGCUCCCGUUACCAAGGAAGAGGCUGCGACUUACGCCGCAAAAGGAGCUUCACCUCCGCCUAGAAAAGCUGCGUUUUGGUGA